CUUGUGUGAAGUCAUGCCCAGCAGGAAAGUCAACUAAAGCAGCGCUUCGCAGGUGUGUGGAGAUGAAAUGGAGGUCGAGUCCAGCACCUACACAGACUUCAUCUCCUGCGACCGGGCGGGCCGGAGGAACGCUGUGCAUGACAUCCAGCAAGAGGCCACCGCCAUCAGCAUGCGCCAGCUGACCGAGGACCUGGGGGACCUCGCUAUGGGAGCAGCAGAAAGCCAAAGAGAUGCCACUUCUUCUGAAAAGGAUCCUGGAGCAAGACCAAAGGGGCAGGAGAAGAGCCCCUCCCCAUGAGGGUGCCCAGGGAGUGGGGUGGGCAGGAGGAAGGCCUUGCUGUGAGCACCAAACAGGAAUUUGCUAUUGAACCUGUGGACAAAAGCUACCUGUGGAACAGCAAACUGUCAAAUGCCUCUGCUGCAACCUUUUCUGUUUAGAGAGCCACAGGAUGCUGUGCAAGGACUGGCACCAUCAAAAGACUUCUGCUGCCAUCCCUAAGGGUUCAGAGCAGCACUGCCAUGGCUCUGGCAUGAGCCAUUCUCAAGAUGCCUUAGCUGCAGCUUUCCCCUCGGGGAAGAAACAGUUUCAGUAAUAAAAGACACAUCAGAGUCUCCUGUCCAAGGUACCUUCUCCUCUG